GCAAACCAGAGUUAUGUUAUGGGGACUGGUGUGUAACCAUGCUCCUCAGUAUUGGUACAACAGUUCUAUAAUAAGAAGAAGUAUCAACCAGGCGAUCUUACAGCAAGCGUGCAAGAUUGACAUGAUGAAGGCCCUUGACAGAAUAUUGGACUGCUUCAGCAAAGUCAUGCUUCAUGUGGCCAUAUCAUUUUGGCAGCCGUUCCUGGGACUGGCUCUGAUCAUCGUCCUCACAGGAUCUACAGUGGGAUGUCCAGCUCGAUGUGAAUGUUCUGCCCAGAACAAGUCUGUCACCUGCCAUCGGAGGCGAUUGACUGUGAUCCCAGAGGGCAUUCCUAUUGAGACCAAAUUACUGGACCUGAGCAAGAACAAGCUGAAGUACAUUAAUCCGGAUGAGUUUGCAUCAUAUACCUUGUUGGAAGUAAUUGACAUGAGUGAAAAUAUCAUUUCAUCCUUAGAACCCGGUUCCUUUAGUAAUCUUUUUAACUUGCGCUCCCUACGCCUGAAGAGCAACCGACUAAAGUUGAUACCUCUUGGUGUUUUUGCUGGUCUGUCUAACCUGACGAGGCUGGACAUCAGUGAGAACAAAAUUGUUAUUUUACUGGACUACACCUUCCAGGAUCUGCAUAACCUGAGGUCUCUGGAGGUGGGGGACAACGACUUGGUUUACAUCUCCCACCGAGCCUUCAGCGGCUUGCUGGCACUGCAGCAGCUGACGUUGGAGAAGUGCAACCUCACUGUAGUGCCCACUGAAGCCCUGUCGCACCUCCACAAUCUGGUCCGCCUCCGGCUCUGCCACCUCCACAUCAACAUCGUCCACGCCUACGCCUUCAAGAAACUGUACCGCCUGAAGCACCUGGAGAUCGACCACUGGCCACUGCUGGACACACUGCCCGUGAACAGCUUGCAUGGUCUAAACCUCACCUCCCUGUCCAUUACCAACACCAACCUGUCUGCCAUGCCCUACGGUGCCCUUAGGCACCUUGUGUACCUUGUGCAUCUCAACCUCUCCUUCAACCCCAUCGGCACUAUAGAAGCAGGCAUGCUCCAGGACCUGAUGCGCCUUCAGGAACUGCACAUGGUCCAUGCUCAGCUGCUGGCCAUCGAGGUCCGUGCCUUCAAAGGGCUACAGGCCCUGCGUGUGCUGAACGUGUCACACAAUCUGCUAGACUCCCUGGAGGAGAGUGCCUUCCAGAACGGCAGGAGCCUCCAGGUGCUGUGCAUUGGCCACAACCCACUGGCCUGCGAUUGCCGGCUGCUGUGGGUGCUGCAGAGGAGGAAGACGCUGAGGUUCUCGGGAGACCCACCAACUUGUGCAUCGCCAGAGACCCUGAAGGGGAAGCAGUUCCAGGAUUUCAACAACCUGUUCCUUCCCAGCUACUUCACCUGCCAAAGACCCCAAAUCCGAGACAAGGAGCCACAGAUCCUGAUGGUAGAGGAGGGUCAGGUGGCUCAGUUCGAAUGCCAAGCUGAUGGUGACCCCCUCCCGGUUAUUUCCUGGCAAUCGCCGCGCAGGAGGCUAAUCACCCUCAAGUCGAACGGGAGGAUGACUGUCCUGAGAGACGGCACCCUGAAGUUCCGGUCCACCCAGUUUCUCGACAGUGGAGUCUACCUUUGCAUCGCAAGCAAUGCGGCCGGGAAUGACACCACGUCGGCCACAUUGCAGGUCAAGGGACUUUCUGAGCACCUGCGUGGAAACAGGACCUCUCAGUAUCUGACCGAGUUGAACGACACCCAUUCCAAUGGGACGCAGGUGCACAUGACCGUGGCCCUGGACCUCAAGACGAUACUGGUAUCCACCGCCAUGGGCUGCUUCACCUUCCUCGGUGUGGUCUUGUUCUGCUUCCUGCUCCUCUUCGUCUGGAGUCGGGGAAAGGGUAAGCACAAGAGCAACAUCGAUAUUGAGUACAUUCCCCGCAAGAGCAACGGAGCCACAGUCGAAAAUGAGCAAGGAGGUCCGCGGAGGUUCAACAUGAAGAUGAUUUAAUGCCAAUGGCAAAAGGCUGUACUCUUUUUUUUAACAAAAUGAAAGAUAAUCUUUAAGCUGCUCAUUAUGGGGCUAAAUCUUCACUUAGCUAAAGUUCUCUGACAUGCCAGAGAGUCUGCAACAGCUAACGAUACAAAAAAUGUGGGAAAUGGUGGCCACUGGGGAUUUGGAGUUGCUUUCAUGGUGCCCAUGUCUUGAAUUUAAAUGGAGGAAGUGCCAUUGAACAAUUGGGUUCCUGCACUAAUGACUGCACCUCUCUAAAGACUAAUCUCACUGUUGAACCAGUUGGUCAAGUGAAAGAGAAAAAUCAUUAGACAUUUUAUACAAAACCUUAACAGUCGGGAAGAAUUGGAAGGAGUAGGCCCUUACAAAGCUACCUGCAGGUUUCCACAAGGGGCAAAUAUAUCACUGUUGGUGAACUCCACAUGAGCGAGGAUCUAAUUACAAAAUACUGAGGGAUGGAGGUUGGGAAGUGAGGAAAAAAAAUGGAGGGUGGGACUGGGGCCCUCGUUUUUAACGGAAGUCAUUUUUUUUAAGCAAUAUGAAUAACGUGUUCAUUGGUGUACAAGACUUGCCAGAUUCUGUUUGGGGCAUAAAAAUCAGUGCGGAAACAUUGGCCCAAAAUGUGUUCAAUAAGCAAAAAACUGCAGAUACUGUACAUCUAGAAUAAUAGAAAGUGCUGGAAGUACUCAGCAGAUCAGCAAGCAUCCUUGGCAAAAUAAAUAAAGUUAACAUUUACAGUCACUGACUGAUAAUCCAAAUGCUUUUCAUAAAAAGUAAUCAAUUGGAAAUAUCUUGCCUUACUGAUUCUGACUGACGUGUUGAAUAUUCCUAGCAUUUUCUCUUUAUAUUAUGCCCCAAAAUGUAUGCUUUGUAUACUUCUAAAUUCAUAAGGCUGACUUACAAUGACAUUAUUUCGAUGUAAAAUUAUAACUUCAUUGUAAAAUCAAAUACAAAAUUGAAAAGUUAGUAAAGAUUUUUUUUU